CUUCAAUCUCUAUCAGCCCUCUGUAUUUUGGGCGGAAAAACCCUAAUAAGGGAUAUGGCUUCCGCGUUCAGAUCAACAGUAAUGACCGCUUCUAGGUCUUUCACUGCUCGAUCUAAUGUAAUUUCCAAAACCCUAACUCCAAAACCCAUCCCCACCUCUCCAUUCCCUUCUUCCAGAAGAACCACCAUUUGCGUAGCUUCAAGGAUUGCUUCGGUAUUGGGAAGUGUCGAGUCCAUGAUGCCACUUCACAGCGCGAUUGCCUCUGCUCGUCUCAAGUCGAGUAUUGCCGUUGAUUCCACCUGUUGGAGCUGGCUUUCUCAAGGACUUGCAAUACCAUUGUGACAAGGCUCGCUGGUUUCAUACAAGACAAUAAACGCAAAGGAUUUUUGUUCUGUAUCAAUUGGACGGCAAAGAAGUCCUUCAAGUUAUAAAAGUUUUUGACUCUGAAUUUGGAGCAUGUAGAAAAUUGUUUGAAUGCAUUAUUUGGUGUUGUUUUUUUUUCU